AUGUCCAGCCUAUGCAAGGAGUGGAUCAAGGUGUCUCUGACAUCCGCAAACCAAGGGCGAUAUCGUCAGAGGCGAAAGGCAGAGUUGGUCAAGCUUCAACAGACCAAUGCUGGUCUGAACUCCAAGAGCACUUUCUUCAAUGUGCAGAUUGACUACUACAAUCAAUACAUCAAGACCUGCAUGGACAAUUUAGCCAGCAAGGGCAAAGUUUCUAAGAAACCUGGAGACGGUAAGGCAAAGAAGAGCAAGCAGGUAUCGCAGAAGUAUACAGCAGCCCGUCUGCAUGAAAAGGGAGUGCUCAUUGACAUUGAGGAUCUGCAGACAAAUCAGUAUAAGAAUGUCAUUUUCGAGAUCUCACCAUCUGAGAUUGUGGGAGUGUUUGAGGUGAAAGCUAAGCUUAUGGGAGUCCAUUUGGAGACAUUAAUGUUAGAAUACCAGGACCUGCUCCAGUUGCAGUACGAGGGGGUGGCAGUGAUGAAGCUGUUCGAUCGAGCUACUGUAAAUGUUAACCUCCUCAUUUUCCUGCUCAACAAAAAGUUCUAUGGCAAAUAGAGACUCAGAGGGACUUGACAGACUGUUGCAUACAAAGUGAAGCCCAGACCACAUGCAUCUUUACAGUUUAAAUCUCUUCUGCACUACCCUGAGUAUGCCUGUGUACCUUUUGUGCCUUUCUCAAAGGAUAGAUUCCUUGAAUGUACAUUAUUAUACUUGUCAUAGACCACCAACCUGUAUCUUCCAGAUAUGUAAUGGUUGACCGUUUUCUGUUUUUAUUGAGAUUAUCAGUGUCCAAAAGAGUAUCAAUAGUAGUUUGCUUCGAUCUUUUGCAAACUGUCCUUGCAUGAGCUUUGAAUACUGUACAUGUUAUAUGUAAAAUGAACAUUUUUAUUAACUAAUCUAUUCUUUAGGAGAAACUAAAUUGUUUCUUAGUAUCCCUAUCGUAUAGGAAGGUGAUUAUAGCCACAUUCCUCAAUGUUACCAAAUAUAUUUAUCAGAGCAAUUUUUUUGUUUAUUUGUAAAAAAAAAACCUAGCUAUGAAUAGGUUCAUUGGCUGGUCAAAAAUGAGGACUUAUUGGAAAAUACUUUUUUCUUUUUCUUUUUCUGAGCAUUUGGAAACUGCAUGCUGGAUGAGUUUAAGUUUACAUCCCUCUAAUUUUUGCAGCCUUGUGUCCAUUUUUUUUUUUUUAAAAAAGGUGCCUUAACUUGAAUAAACUGCUGGGAAAAUGUGUGGAGAAGCCUUAUCCUAUCAACACAGGGCUUAUAAUGUCAGUCAAUCUCAUUGUCUGCUGUUGCAGUUAAUGUCUCUUAUAUUAAAAAGGAGUAAAAGUUGAUUGAUUACAUAUUUUGACUGAUUAGUAAUGCUGGUUUAUACACUUAUUAUGUUCAUAAAGGCAACAAUGACAUAAUAAACAGAGCAAUUAUUGCAUUUAACAGAUGUACAGACACAUUUUCUUUGAAUUUUAUUCAAAAACCAUUGCAAAUAUCAAGUUUGAUUUUAAUUCAGUCCAUUAAACAAAGGGAUUCAGGUUUUAGAGCAGAACAUCAAACUUGUGUAACUGGUGUUAUGUCUGAUUGGGAUGUUCUCAAUUACUGUACUUUU